CUCGUUUCUGUAAAGCGGCCGUGUUUGAAAAAUGGCUUCAGUUUUGGAAGAUCCAACCGUUGAACGUCAUUUUAGAGGACACCGAGACGCCAUUACAAGCCUCGCAUUCAAUCCAAACAUGAAACAACUGGCUUCAGGAUCAAUGGAUUCGUCUCUGUUUGUAUGGAAUUUCAAACCACAGACAAGGGCAUAUCGUUUUGAUGGUCACAAGGAUGCAGUAACAGCAGUGGGUUUUUCGCCAACAGGACAUCUGGUUGCCUCUGCAUCACGAGAUAGAACGGUUCGUUUGUGGAUCCCGAGUGUAAAGGGAGAGUCGACCGUCUUUCGAGCACAUACGGCAUCAGUAAGAAGCAUUCAUUUCUCUCCAGACGGAAAGUCACUGCUGACUUCAUCAGAUGACAAGUCUCUCAAAAUGUGGACAGUUCAUAGACAGAAAUUUCAGUUUUCUCUAUUAGGUCACAUGAAUUGGGUACGUUGUGCAAGGUUCUCUCCUGAUGGUCGUUUGAUUGUCUCUGGGAGCGAUGACAAAACAAUCAAACUAUGGGAUCGUAGCAGUAGAGAAUGUGUUCAUACAUUUUAUGAAUACGGCGGUUUCGUCAACCAUGUUGAGUUUCAUCCAAUGGGAACGUGUGUUGCUGCUGCAUGUACAGACAGUACAGUGAAAGUGUGGGAUAUUCGUAUGAAUAAGCUGCUACAACAUUAUGAUGCUCAUACUGCUUCAGUCAACUCUCUCUCUUUUCAUGCAUCCGGUGACUAUCUAAUCACAGGAUCCAAUGACUCAACAAUGAAAAUUCUUGAUCUAAAGGAAGGACGUGUGUUUUACACUCUUCAUGGUCACCAUGGAGCAGUCACUGCUGUUGCAUUUUCUCCUAGUGGAAAGUUUUUUGCAUCAGCUGGGCAAGACUCACAGAUUAUUGUGUGGAAGACAAACUUUGAUCAAGCUGACACACAAGAAGUGCUUCGUUCACAAAGCAAGAAAAGGACUGUAGCAUCAAGUCAUGACCACGAUCCACCACUCAUAGGAGGCAGUGGUUCCCCAAGACAACAGCAUCAAUCAACAGGAGUUCAAGUGCAUGCUGAUCACGGGCCUCAAGAUAUGGGAGAUAAAUCUCCUAGAGUUACUGAAGUGGGACCAUCAAUGUUUGUCACAUCACAGCAUCCGCUGUUAACAACUAGAGGCAAUCAUGUUCCAUCAUCAAUGAGAACUCCACGUUCUACUGAGAGAUUGCACGCGUCUUCAGCGGAUGAAGCAACCCCAGCUGCAGUGACGACACCCCUUGAAGCGAAGCUUAUUCCUCCUCAACUUGCAAACACUCUUCAGCAAAUAGUUGGGCAAUUGGAUGUGAUUACUCAGACUGUAUCAAUCAUGGAACAGAGGCUGACAAUCACCGAGAACAAACUUCGAGAAGUUAUCGACAAUCAACAGAAGAUAACCCUGCAGAUCAAACCCAACGACUGAUCACGUGACCACACUUGCACAUUUGUACAGUUCUUCAUAUCAGGUACGUCAACCCUUUACUAUACAAACUAGCCAGCAUAGAACAAACUGCUAUCAAACAGACAGCAGUCAGUGUAACUGUGAAAUGGGGUUGUAAUUAGUAAUACAACAAUUUAUCUAUUACAACAUGCAGGUCACAUGUCAGCAAGUCUUGCUGGUCUGUGAUGAUUGCUGAUUGUAUACGCUAGAUCUCUUAUAAUGAAACAUGCGUUUGUA